GUGACUGUAGUUACAUUGCCUGCUUUCAUCCUCCGCUUUGGAACAUGGAUCGUUUUCUGCUAGAAGAAGAGCCAGAAGAAACAUACAAGCUGUUCCUGUUUCUGAUAAUGACUCGGUAUUUAAGCUGUAUCGAUUCUUUUUGAUCGAUUCCUAUACAUUGAUACCUAAAAGCUUAUCAUGACUCUUUGAUCAUUAUCAUGCACUUCUUCCUUUUUUUUUCUUUUUUUGGCCUCUGAUCCUUACUCAUGCCUGACAUUAUUUAUGCAAAACAUAAUUCAGAUUCAUAAUUAUUUAACAAAAAUGCUAUGACUGGCAUCCAUUGGCAUGUUUAUUUGGGUUGCCAUCAUCCAAGGGUUCAAGCAAAUAGUUAUAAAAUUGUAUAGUUUGUAUGGAAGCAGUAUGCAGAUCAGGUCAUGUGGUAGUCUGCGUGUGUGGGUUGAGUAUAGAGAUUAAACUCUUGAGUGUUCAUAUUAAAAGUAAAUAAAUGAAAGAAAAGGGAAUUUGCGUAAAUGCAUUCGACUUGGCAACAGUGAUGAUAAAAUAGCUAGGUGUUAUUUUUUGGUAUUUGCCAAAUUGAGGACUCGAUCGAUCUGAUAGAUUGACAGGUUUAUGGGGCAUUAUGAGUGAUCACUAUGAGAAACACAACGUGGUUGAUCAGAUGGAUGCGCGCGCACUGGAGGAUACCGGACACAUCCCGGUGUGUUCACGUUCAUCCGCGCCUCCAGCUCCAAUAAGCAUAUCUGAAAAAAGCUGCAGUGUAGUUAAGAGCAAAGCAGGAACCCGAAUCGUGAAGCGAAGCUCGGAUCUGAUCGUGAACAAGCCGCGCGUUUGUGCAUCGGUUCAUUUGAAGGGCGCGCGCCGGCACGCGCUCCCGGUUAAAGGUCCGGGGAAGACUGAGACGAACGGUGGAGCCGCUGAGAUCAAAGCUGUGAGAAAGCCGAGAUCCGUCACGGUGGACACGUCUAAAGCCAAAACGUCUCUGGAGGCGCUCAAGCUUAGCAUCAGACAGCUGCAAUGGAAAGAGUUUCCGAUGGGCAGACGGACAGCAUGUGAUAUUUACUGGCAUGGCGUCUCUUUCCAUGAUAACGAGAAUAUUGUUUCAGGGCAGGUCAAUAAGUUCCCAGGAAUGAUAGAGAUGUUGCGCAAGAUCAACUUAAGCCGUGCGGUACGCACCAUGCAGCAGCUUUUCCCAGAGGAGUACAACUUCUACCCUCGCUCAUGGAUCCUGCCUGAGGAGCAUCAGCUGUUUUCUACUCAGAUUCGUCUGUUGAAGGAAAGCGACUCCAGCCUCAAACCCACAUUCAUCGUCAAACCUGACUCUGGUUCCCAAGGAGACGGCAUCUACCUCAUCCGUGACCCUGCUGACCUCCGGGCCAUCUCAGGAUCACAAGUCAAGCAGGCAGUGGUUCAAGAGUACAUUCAGAAACCGCUCCUUAUCGACAAACUCAAAUUUGACAUUCGCCUUUACGUUCUCGUUCGUUCUCUGUAUCCUUUAGAAAUCUACAUUGCCAAAGAAGGCCUUUCCAGAUUUUGCACCGAACCUUACCAGGAACCAUGUCAGAAAAACCUCAGUCAUGUGUUCAUGCAUUUAACGAACUACUCACUGAACAUUCACAGUGAGAAUUUUGUGCACUCGGACAGCUGCAACACAGGAAGCAAGCGCACGUUUUCCAGUGUCCUUUAUCGUCUCGCCUCCAAAGGAGUGGACAUUAAAAGGGUUUGGUCGGAUAUCAUAGCGCUGGUUAUCAAGACAGUUAUUGCACUUGUUCCUGAAUUGAAGGUCUAUUACCAAGCUGAUAUACCACCAGGCAAACCAGGACCUACUUGUUUCCAGAUCCUGGGUUUUGACAUCCUGUUGAUGAAGAACUUGAAGCCUGUUCUGCUGGAGGUCAAUGCCAAUCCAAGCAUGAGGAUUGAACAUGAACAGGAGGUGUCACCUGGUGUUUUUGAGUACGUACCUAGUCCGGUAGAUGAGGAAGUCAAAGUAGGUGUCAUUCGAGAUACACUGCGCCUUAUGGAUCCGGCCCAGAGGAAGCCACCCACCAGAUCGAACAUCCUGGGCAGAACUCCAGAGGAAACCAUCACCAUGGAAGCUGGUCCGGAUGAGAAGGCAGAGCUCGUCGAGUCACUUCCGUCUCUGUGUCUAAAACAGGUCUUCCCUAAGUACAUGAAGCAGUUCGAUUACCUGCGAAUUAUUGAAAGAAUAACAGACAUUUUCUUGCGCUUCCUUGGGGUCAAAGGAACCAUGAAACUUGGCCCAACCAGCUUCCGCACAUUCAUCAGGAACUGCAAGCUGAGUAACAGCAGUUUCACCAUGGCGUCAGUGGACAUCCUGUACAUUGACAUCACUCGCCGCUGGGCUGGUGCGCUGUCUGACUCCAGAGAGUCUGGAAUGGGACUGCAGGCCUUUGUGGAGGCAUUUUUUCUCUUGGCCUCACGCAGGUUUGAGGCGACGUCACUGAGGGAACAAGUGCUCUCGCUGCUGGAGCUGUGUGAAGCCACACUCGAGGGGGAGGGACAUGAUGAGAAGCCACACCCUCUGAAAUCCCAGCCCAAUCUUAAUUCUGCUCACGGUCUAAGUUCGCUUAACUCCCCCGCUGCUACUCGUCGUCUUCAGACUCUGCAGCCUUCUGGGAAAGGAAACGUGGCGACCUGGGAGGCUGAAGCACGCACCACAUCUUAAAACAGGAAGCAAUAAUAGAGGAAAAAUAAAAGCGUGCCGUCUCACCUGAACCUUUUAAAAGCAGUUAUGCAUAGCAUCAUAUAAAGGUCAAAGUUAUGGUUAGAGGCAAUAUAAAUUACGUGAAGCAAUACCAUAUAAUAUAUAUGAUACACAUAUAUGAGUAUCUUGCUGCCUGUGUGUUUGUAUUUCACACACACAAGAAGUGACAACUCAUCCUUAUUUGUUGUGUGCUUUUGAUGCCAGGAUUUAGGGAUUGUGCAGAAUUGCUAACAACGGUUUAUUGAAGCUGAUGGAAGUAAAAAUUAUACAUCCUUUUUGUCACAUAAUCAGGGAUGAGCAAACUCCACACGCUUAAAUCUUAAAGGGAUUCAUACCACUGACUUUUAUCUUCUGACAAGCAGCUAACUACGACAUGGCCUAUGGCUAAUCCAAUGCAGCGGCCUUAUAAAAAAUAACGGCACUAAAUGACACUGAGUGCACUGAAAGUUUACUUCAACUACUGUAUUUAUAUUGACAGAGUAUUUUAUUAGAGCGCUGCACUGUAGCAUGAUUAAAAUCUGUUACUGAUCUGAGGCAAGUCUGACUAAUAUUAUAAUCCUAAUUAUUCUAAAAUGUUUUAAUCAACAUUAGACAAUAGCACUUAUCUAUUUAGUUCUAAUAAUAUUUGUUUUGGAUAGUCAUGUUGAAUAAAACUUGGACUCCAGAAUGAAA